ACUUUCCUAUAUAAAAAGGAUCAAAAUGAUGAUGAUAGAAGGAGAGAAUUCAGGAUAAUAGUCCUCCCUUUGCCUACAGUCAUGUGUUCUUGACUGUUGAAAAGCUGUUGAUUUUAUUUGUCCCCUUGAUGAAAAAUGUAUUUGAACUUCAGAAACAAGAAGGGCUGGGAAAACCUUCAUUUAAAAAGUGGCCUUGAGAAUUGGGAUAUGGCUCAGGAACUUGAACUGGCUACUACCACUGAUCAAGUUGCUGAAGGUAUGGAAAAAAAUCUCAGCAAAUACUUUCUACAUGAGCCAUACAAGCAUCGUUGGAGCAACUCUGUCACAGGAGAAGCAGUCCAGCCCCCUCUACCUAAGGAGCAAGAUGAAUCUGAUGUGCAGCCACACUUGUGGAUGUGGGUGAACCCCAACCUGGUUUGCCCCAUAACAGGGUACCUCAAUAAGGGAGUCCCAGGAAAACCAGUGCAUUUGGUAGCUCCUGCACCCAAGGCAGCUGUUACAAAACUCACUUCAGUAAAACCAAGGCCCCCAGUAGCUGCUGCCCUACAGACUUCCUCUGGACAAUGUGUUUCAGUGCCUCUAGUAACUGCUGCACCCAAGGUCGCCACUAGAAAAUAUAGUUCAGUAAAGGCAGUGGCUCUCAUCACUACUCUGCAGACUUCUCCUGUAGCCUCUGUUUCCAUACCCCCAUUGGCUGCUUCUGAUGCUGUGAGCCUGCAGGCUUCCACAUUCAAGAAUGUUCCCAGAAAACCAGUGUUCCCUAUAUUAUUGGCAGCUGUUGCACCAAAGGUUUCUACUCCCGUAAAACCUGUACCCCCAGUAGCUGCUGCAUCCAAGGCUUCUAAUAGAAAACAUGCUUCAGGAAAGACAGUGCCCCCAGUAGCUGACACUAUGCAGGUUUGCGCACACACACCAGGAAAAAACAUGUCCCUGGAAGCUGCAGCACUUGUGGACUCCUAUCAAAAGCCCGUCUUAAUUGCCUACAAGCAACUCUGUCCCAAGGAAGAGGUACUACUGUGCUCCAGCGAAGCAAAGGAUAAAGGAAAGAGAAGCCCCUUGCAGAGGAUGAAGUCUUUGGGUUAUACAAAAAUGAUCUAUUGAUGCCCAUGGGAGAGCAUUUAAACAGAGAAAAUGAUGGAAAAGAGAAAAAGCCCCCAAAAACCCAAUCUACAAACAAAGUCCACUCACAUGCACAAAAAGGAGCAGUGAAAGGCCUCUUGGCUCCUCCAGGAUCCCAUUAUAAGAGCAGGAGAUGUAAGAUUACAAUUUAGCUUCCUAUAUGGUAGCCCAUCACUACAUCUGAGCAUCAUACAGACAAAAGGCACCAACAUAAACCGGGACAUGUAAAUUAAUAACAAGCCUUGAAGGCACUGGAGGAAACAGGCAGCUCCAAACCCACCAGAAGUAAACUCAGAAGAUCCACUCCAUCCUGGAUCCUGAACCAACAGGAGCUUUAGCUUCUAGCACAACCACCUACCCCCCUUAUCACACUCAAUGUGAGACCGUGGCAAGAAUCCUUGUAGAAUGGGAAAUGCAAGAAGUGGGUGAGGCAUCCAUCACCACCAAUCUCCUUGUGAGUGUUUUACCCCCCUGACUGUACAUGACAGUCUAUGUUCUUGGAAACUAAAUGGACUCUGAGUUCUGAGACCAAGUGCACACCAGAAUCCAAGUCAGUUCACUGCAGCUACACUGGCAUCUGGCAGGGAGAGGACUCCCUUAAUCUGCUAGGAAUAAAGUAGAGGAGAUCUUGA